GCUGUAUUUAUCUUAACGCAUUCGUUAGCGAGUUAGCAGCUAAAAUACCCGGCUAAAUGCUAACUGCCGUCUUUUGUUAUUUUUAAAUGCCUUUUUUUGUAUGUCUAACGAUUGAAUAUGAAUUUGUUCGCCGUGAAGAUACAAUUAAAAUAACAAUACGCGUGCAUUCUUUUGAUUUCAUUCAGUUUGGUUAUGUAGACGUAUAAAAGUCAGCAAAACGUAAUAACAUUUUCGUCGGUAUUACACCGGCGGCGCCGUUCGCAGUCGGCUAGCCCUUGUUUUGACAUCUGUGUCCGGACGCAGUUUACACGGGCACACCAGCAGUCGGUAUAUCGUCUCGUUAACGGAGAGAAACCCUGUCAUUGGCCCCGUUUCCGUUCACCGUCUUAUCAUGAUCGGUCAAAUCAAAAUUGUUAUCACAAGGCGCAAAGAACUGAAUAAAAAUCCUGUGGAAGGUUUCUCAGCCGGUUUGAUAGAUGAUAAUGACCUCUACAGAUGGGAAGUGCUAAUAAUCGGCCCUCCUGAUACACUUUAUGAGGGUGGUGUUUUUAAAGCCCAUCUCACGUUUCCCAAAGACUAUCCUCUCAGGCCUCCUAAAAUGAAGUUCAUAACAGAAAUAUGGCAUCCAAAUGUUGACAAAAAUGGUGAUGUUUGUAUUUCGAUAUUACACGAGCCGGGGGAGGAUAAAUACGGCUAUGAAAAACCAGAAGAGCGCUGGCUCCCCAUUCACACCGUAGAGACCAUCAUGAUUAGUGUCAUCUCAAUGCUUGCUGACCCCAAUGGAGAUUCCCCUGCCAAUGUUGAUGCAGCAAAAGAGUGGAGGGAAGACAGACAUGGUGAAUUCAAAAGAAAAGUUGCCCGUUGUGUAAGAAAGAGCCAAGAGACUGCCUUCGAGUGAUAUUCAUCUAGCAGCUUGUAGCUUCACUAUUUUCAGGGUCUCCAGUUGAGAAACAACAUGGCACUGUUUUCUUGCACUCUACCACCCUAUUGCUGGACUGGUUUUCAUUGAAUGUUGGCAGUAACAGACUGGCAUUAAUAGGCUGCAAUAGAACAUAAGGCCAUCACAGAUGCUGACAGAACACGCCAAGCAAGUGCCAACAAAAAAGAGAAAA